AGUCUGCAGCAAAGCUGGACGUGUCUUCUGGGGUCCUGCACACAUUGGUCCUGUCCACCAAGCCGCUGAGAUGCUGCAGCAGCAGAAAAGUUUGAGAUGAGCUAAAAAGGAUUAGGCACCAUGUCGUAGGACGAGGACAUCAGUAGACAGCAGGCCGGGUCCAGGAUGUUUGUUGUGUCAACGCGGACGUGGUGAUGUGCUGAGGACAUUAUUCAUAGUUAUUUUAAUUUGAAGGAGAUAUAUAUAUUUCAAAAGAACUUGCGGGAGAUCCAGCAUGAGUGUGCUUUCAGGCUUCCCUCACCAUCCGGUCAUGCACCACCACGACAGCCACCAUUACUCCCUGCACGGAGACACCGGAGCUCCUCCGUACUUCACCAGCUGGCUCAUCAGUCACGCCGAUGUUUCUCCCACCGAGUACGGCAUGGCGCCGGGAUACAGCCCCGACUACCACGGAAACACUCCGGGCAGCCUGGACCCCCACCACCACCACCACCACCACCACCACUAUGGACAUGCUGGACAUGGUGGACACGGCCCCGUGUCCGUUAACGGAGCCCCGGUGGGCGUGCACCACCACCCCCGCACGGUCAAGAGGAGACCGACCGCCAACCGGAAGGAGAGGCGGAGGACGCAAAGCAUCAACUCGGCGUUCGCGGAGCUGCGGGAAUGUAUCCCCAACGUCCCCGCAGACACCAAGCUGUCCAAAAUCAAGACACUCCGCCUGGCCACCAGCUACAUCUCUUACCUGAUGGACAUCCUGGACAAGGACGGACAGCACGGAGACACUCAGGCUUUCAAGGCCGACCUCAAGAAGACGGAUGGCCGGGACGAGCGGAGGAAGAGGGACACGGCGGAUAUCCCCAAGACGGUGUCAUCAUCGUCGUCGUCUUCAGCGGGCGACAAGAAGACAAAAGGAAGGACAGGAUGGCCCCAACAUGUCUGGGCUCUGGAACUGAAACAGUAGCUGAAACAUCUGUGCAGGUUGAUUGCACUCACAGGAACUUAAAGUCAUCAUCUCGUGUCUGGUGUGGACGUCCAACCAAAGGACAGACGACAUGUAGUCCCCGUAGAAGCGUACGGUGAUGUAUUUCUACACUUUUCUACUGUUUGCUGAGAAUGAAAAUGCAUUCAGUACACUUGCAAUUACCGUGAAACCAGGAGUGUCCAUAGUGCGGCCCAGGGGCCAUUUUCAGCCCACAGGUUGUUUUGUAUUAUUUUAUAUUCACGAAUGGGAUAUAUUAUUAUUAAUUAUACCAAUUUGCUUUGUCAUCUACAACACAAAGAUAGUCAAAAAGGCAUAAUAUAACAAGUAAAUGUCACAAGGUUUGCAUUCUCAAACCACCCACAAAGGGCAAGUAAUUGAGACGCCAACACGAGGUCAUCAAACCAGACGCCUCCCUCACUCCUGGUGCAACCAAAAAUAACACAAAACGUGGAACACACAAUGUAACUGCGCCACACGGACGACGCGUGUAUCUAAAUAAACACUUACACGAGUGUACGUGCAAAACAAUACUCUUUUAUACAAAUGUACAACCUGCAAAGCACGCCGGGUACUUUCCUGUUUGGGAAGUGCACGCAUUCGCAUCCCAACAUGCAUGCCGAGCAUGACUACUUUCUGUGCAGCUCAAGCUUUUCCAAUGUAGGCCUGUGUAGUUUUCCUACCAAUAAACGACCUAAUUAUGGAGAUUAUAAGCACAAAAUGGUGGGUUUUCCCCCAAAUAAGAACAUUUUUAAAGAUAAUGUUUUUAUUAAAAAAAAUACAUAAAUGGAUGCUGAAUAGUGUAUAUGCGGGUAUCCACUGUAAUACGCGUUGUCACCUAUAACAGAGCUGACAUGCAGGCUACAUUGGAUUGAUUUGAGCCUUUUUUACAAAAUAAACAAAUAUUUACCAAACAUGCUGAUCAAUUAAAUACAUGUAAAGGAAAAACAUAUCAGCUUUGUGGUAUAGCUGACAAAGGGACCCUCUUGAAAUCAGUAUUAUUACAACAAAAUCAUCUUUCUGAGGACUUUAGCAUACUUGAAAACAGGCCGUCGGCCAUUUUGGUUUGCAGGUAACAUUUUUGAUCAAUUUGGACCAUUUCCAGUUUGUCUUAGUUUUCUGUGUCAUGCAAUGUGGGUCGUGUUUAAUUUUGUUUUUAGGAUAUGUGAGGGACAGUAAAAAUAAAACGAGCCGCGGGCCGCAUUUUGGACACCCCUGACUUGAGUUGCGUUGUUGUCUUCAAAGAAAUGAGAGCGAACGCAAUUGAUUGGUGAUCGUUUGACACAUUCAUCCAGGGCCCCAUAAAUAACAUCUAACUACACACACACACGCACGCACACACACGGCAGACCAGCUGGCUCUCAGCUUUAUUUAACUUGAUAUAUUUAUGUGCAAUGCGGCCGUAAGGACGAGCCAAACUACCACGCCACUGAAUGCCAGUAUACAAAAUACACGGUGUCCCUAAAGUCUAGAUAUAUAAUAUGCACAAACAAUACACACAUACAUUACACACACAAAAAUAUAAAUAACAAAUAUAGACUAAAUUAAAUAUCAUUUUUUUAAAUAAUUACAAUGAAUUAAUAAAAAUAAAAAUAAUAUAUAUAUUAUGUAUAAUAUUAACAAUAUAUAUUUAUAUUUAUACAUUAAAUAAAAAAAAUAAAAAAUAGAUUUGUACAUGCAUAUUGUGUCCAGACUUUAGGGAUACCCCGUACUAGAUAUGUGUCAUAAUUACACUACAAGGUGUUUGUGAAGUCUUUGUGUUUCUGUACGGGCUGGGCUGUAAAUACAUGUUGUGACGACACAGUGUCCGUGUUGUGAAGUGUAAAUAAUAAUAAUAAUGCUAAGU